CCACCCUCAAUAAAACCCCCUCUCCUCCUCCUCUCUAACUCACCAAGCACUCACUGCAAUUACAGUCUCAAUCAGUUUCCACAGAGCGCAUAGCCUUCAUUCGACUCAACGACAAUGAAGCAAUCCCUCUCUUGUUUGUCACUGGCUCUUCUAAUUUCCUUCUUGUGUUCCGCGAUCACUCUUGCUCAAUCUCCGGCGGCGGCCCCAGCAAAAUCCGCAGCACCUGCAGCCGCUCCCACAGCGGCAACUCCUGCAGUACCCCAGUCAGCUUCUGUCGACAUCGUCGGAAUCCUAAGGCAGGCCAACGGCUACAAUGUCUUUAUCCGUUUGCUGAAAUCCACCCAAUUGGUAGAUCAAAUCAGUUCACAGCUGGGUACUACAAAAUCAGGCGGCAUCACGAUCUUCGCACCAGACGACGGUGCAUUCUCAGCACUCAAACCUGGGUUCCUCAACAGUCUCGCUGACAAGCAAAAGCUCGAGCUUUUGCAAUUCCACAUCCUGCCUGACUAUAUCUCCACAGCAAACUUCGACACUCUCACCAACCCAGUUCGUACCCUGGCCAGUGCUAACCCAAGCAAAGCACAACUAAACGUGACCAGUUUUGGUGGGAACGUCAACAUUUCUACUGGGGUUGUUAAUACCACAUUGAAUGGAGUCAUCUAUACGGAUAAUCAUCUGAAUAUUUACAGGGUAGGCAAAGUUCUUCUCCCUCAGGACUUCUUUGCGGUUGCUAAGGCACCAGCGCCUGCACCUGCAAAAGCAAAAGCAAAGCCAAAAGCCGAAGCACCCCCAAAAGACACUGUUGAAGCUAGUCCGGUCGCCAAGGCCCCUAAGCCGGAGAAGGAGAAGCCUACCACAGAUUCCACGCAAUCCUCGCAGGUUGUUCCCACUGAAGUGAACUCUGGCGCUAUCAGAAUCGGAUUGUGUGGAGCUCUGGUGUCCACUCUUGGAGUUGCUACCGUUGCAGUCUUGGCCAUAUAAAUUUAAAUAAGACAUUCUAUUGGGUAAUUUAAUGUUGAUCAACACGUGUGAAGGAGUAUGCCAAAGAAGGGAAUGCUGGUGUGUGUUUAAUAGAGUGGAUUAGGAUUUAAUGCUUUGCAUGAGAUCUUCAUGUUUGUCUUUAUUGUCUCUUGAUUCCAUUGAAAAGUUGUAUGCUGUUUUUGGUUCUGAUAAUGCUUUGCUGGCAAAUAUUUUCUUUGAUCCAUUAAAUUUUACAGUGAAUUCGUACUAAAA